ACUCAAUUAACGGCUUCUCUACAGUUCCACUCUCUCUAUAAAAAAAAACCGAAAAGAGAGAGAGAAAGCAAAUCCAUAAGCAUAACAACACAUAAAAAAGAUACCCGCCACCGCCGGCCGCUGCGAUGCUGCCUUAUAUACCUCCAGCACCACCACCACUACAUUAACUCCGUUAUACCAAUUUCCACGUCAAUUACCAUUCCCAAACAUCAUCAAUUGUCGGUUGAAAAUGUCGGUCCACAGUAAGCAAAACCAAACACGUGACAUGAAACACCGAGUACUCACAUGUCUCCACAAGCUUUCCGACCGAGACACACAUUCCUCAGCAGCAGCUGAACUCGAAUCCAUCGCUAAAACACUUUCACCUGAAACAAUCCCACCUUUCGUUUCCUCAAUUGCCACAACUGACUCUUCAGACAAAUCACCUGUCCGUAAACAAUGUCUCAAACUAAUCUCUCUUCUCUCCGAACAACACGGCGACUCUCUCUCUCCUCAUCUCUCUAAACUCCUCACCGCCGUCGUACGCCGCUUACGUGACCCUGACUCCGCCGUACGCGCCGCGUGCGUCGGCGCGUGUGCGUCGAUUUCGUCACAUUUGACUAAACCUCCGUUUCCUUCGAUUAUUAAGCCGUUUUUAGAAGCGCUUUUUACUGAACAGGAAAUGAAUUCUCAGAUCGGAGCUGCCUUGUGUUUGGCGGCAUGUAUUGAGGGGUCACCAGAUCCGGAUAUUGUUUGUUUAAGGAAGUCGUUGCCGAGAUUUGAGAAGUUGCUUAAGAGUGAGAGCUUUAAAGCGAAGGCAGCAUUGCUUACAAUGAUUGGUAGUGUGAUCGCUGUUGGAGGAGCUAAUGGGCAGCAGAUUGUGAGGAAUUUGGUGCCGUAUUUGGUGGAAUUUGUGAGUAGUGAUGAUUGGGCGGCUAGGAAAGCCAGUGCUGAGGCUUUGUUGAGGCUCGCCGUAGUCGAGGGAGAUGCUUUAUCUGAGUUUAAAGCAUCUUGCUUGAAGACUUUCGAGGCAAAACGAUUUGAUAAGGUAAAAGCAGUGAGGGAAACAAUGAAUCAAAUGUUGGAGGCAUGGAAGGGAAUCCCUGAUUUAUCUGAUAAUGGUUCCCCUCUUCCCGAGUCAAAUUCCUCUUCCAAAGAAAAUGCAAGUGAUGGACGUUACCCGCCUGGUUUGAAGACUUCCAGAGCUGUGAGCUCCAGUACUCCUAGUGUAAGAAGGCCGGCUAACAAGUCAUCUGUAGCAGAUAAUUCCACUGCUCCUGCAGCCCAAAAAGGUCGUCCUCUGGACAGCACUGAAAAGAAAUCAGGUCCAGCAAUCUUUCGCAAACUUGAUCGGAAGAAGCCGUGGAAAGUUGAUGUUUCUGCUCCUCAUGUUUCUUCUGGGGCCAUCGCUUCAAAGGAUUAUCACCAAAACAAAGACGGGAUACAGUUGGGCAAAGACGAGGAGUUGGAAGCAAAUACAAGACCUGCAGUCAAACGUACUCUUUUCAGUAAGAUCACUAAUGAAACCAGGAAUGCUGUGGGGAAGGCUGGAUCUCGUGUGGUUCCAUAUCAAGAUGAGAUAUCAGAAUCUACUGUAGUUGUGAGCAAUGAAACUGGAGAUCUGUGUAGGAACCCGAAAGAUUGUGAAGAUCUCUCUCUGAUCCGGAAACAACUUGUUCAAAUUGAAACUCAGCAGUCCAAUUUGUUAGAGCUUCUCCAGAAAUUUAUGGGGAGCUCGCAAAGUGGCAUGCAUUCUCUGGAGAGACGUGUUCAUGGUCUGGAGCUGGCAUUAGAUGAGAUCUCAUUUGACUUGGCUAUGUCAACUGGAAGGAUGUCAAAUACCGACUCUGCAGUCAUGUGUUGCAAGCUACCAGGUGCAGAAUUCUUGACUUCUAAACUUUGGAAGAGAACAGCAGGUCGCCCUGCAACUUCACACUUCUCUGCUUCUGCUGGAACCUCAUCAGCAGGUGUAAUAAGCAAUGUAGCUGGUGAGCUAGGAAAUGGUGAAAGAUUUAAGUUGGAGAAUAGGAGAUAUCAGCUCCACAGUAGUCGGGGGUUUAUUGUGAACCCAUUAGCCGAAAUUCAUGGUGAUGCCCAGGGAAUUUCUGAACCUUCAGUUGGAGUUUCAAGAAGUUCGCGAAAUGGUGUGUGAUAGUUUAUGUCAGACUUUGGAGACUCAGUUUAAUACUCAAUUCAGCUUGGACUCUGAGCAUUGUAGUAGGAUGUAAAAAUGAAGCAGGAAGCAGUUUCUUACUCGAAGUACUACUAUAUUGUGCAUUUCGGCCAUGGUUAUUCACUCAGAAAGCUUUGCCAAGUCUAUAACCUACCGCAGAUCAUUUCUGCAAACUUCCAUCAGAAUUACUUUUUACCUUUUUGAGUCUACGUUUUGAUAUUUCAAAGAAGAACAGAUAUUGAGGAAAGGAUAGCCAGACCACUAUAUGGCUUGUCUAAUAUGAAAGUUGGCGUUGUAUAGAAGGAUAUUUCGUUUAUAUCAUUUUUUUUUUCUUUCUAAGAAUUAGUUUCUAUUCUUUUUGAUGCAUUGUGAUUAAACUGUUUGAAAUGAUAUCAGAAUAUGUAAAUGGUUGUUGCCAAUGUCUA